CGAGCCUUAUAAGAUACCCUUCACCUCCUUCCCGAUUUUAAAGAGAACCUCUGUUGAAGCUCAACUGAAAUCACGAUGCCCAACACAUCCGACAACGUCAAGAUCAUCCUCGGUACCGGCGCCUUCGGUCAGGAUACGGGACCGAAAGCCAUUGAAAGUAUGACAACCGUUGAGGAAGCCCGGGAAGCCAUUGAUCUCUUCAAAUCGUACGGCCAUAAUGAACUUGACACUGCACGCAACUACGGCCGGGGUGCAUCUGAGGAAUUACUCGGUCACAUGAAUCUUGGGGAACAAGGCAUACUCGUCAACACCAAGGUUCACCCAAGAGUUCCGGGCGGUUUCAAUGCCGAGAACGUCUGUGCGAGGAUGCAAGAGUCAUUAAAAGCUCUGCAGACAGAGAAGGUACAUGUCUACUUUCUACACGCUCCAGACGCUGCUACUCCCUUGGAGGAGACUCUCAAGGCCAUCAACCACCUCUACGAGCACGCCUUCUUCGAGAAAUUCGGUAUCUCCAACUAUUCCACAGCCGACGUCCGCAAAAUCCUCAGUAUCUGCGACAAAAAGAAGUACAUCCGUCCCACAGUGUACCAGGGCAACUACAAUGCCCUCGGGCGCGCCGCCGAGUCCGACGGCCUCUUUUCUCUUCUUCGUGAGAAUGGUAUGGCGUUCCAUGCCUUUAGCCCUCUCGGUGCGGGAUUAUUGUCUGGGAAGUUCAAGAGUAAGGAUGACAUGGACAAGGACGAGUUCGGAAGGUCGCAGGUUGUGUUGCGCCAAAUUUAUAAGAAGUGGUUCUCGCACGGUACCUACUUUGAGGCUCUGAAGGUGCUCAACAGGGCGGCUGAGAAGCACAAGAUGUCAACGGUAGAGAUUGCCCUGCGUUGGAUCCGCUACCACAGCGCUCUUUCGGCAGAACAUGGAGAUGCAGUUAUUCUUGGCUUUUCAACGAAAACUCAACUUGAACAGAGCUUGAACUACGUCGACGCAGGAAAACUGCCGGAUGAGCUCGCCGAAGUUGCAAAUAGCUUGUGGGACUUGGCCGAGGACGAAAGGCCUUCACACGCCUUUCUCGAGGGCAUCAUGCCGGGCACCAUCAAAAGCGAUUCUGGCGCAGACACUGCCUCGUGA